CGAACGUGGAAAUGCAUUCUCUUGACGAACACCCAACCGAGAUUCCCUCGGCCUCCUCUAUAUAAAUAAUGAAUAAAUAAAUAAAUACACCAUUAGAGCCUUCAACGGGCGAAUAAGAGAAGCGCAACAUUAGGGUUCGGGAUCUUACGUUCUUGCUAGAUUACCUGCCGAUGUUUCGAAACCUACCGGUUUGAUCUGUAAGCAAGGCGAUUGUUUUCGCCGAUUGGAACAAUGAUGGAGGAGGCAGAGCGAUGAAAUCUUGAUUUUGAAGAAUGAUAAUCGUGCGAAAAUGCUGUUGCAGCCCAUUCUGGAGUUACCUGGUGAUAGGUAAUUUGUGAAGUUGGACUCGAUGUACUGAACAAUGUUGGGACUCAGAUCCAUCUUAUCUAGGUCGUAUUUUGCUGUCUCGCAUUCAUGCUUUACGACAAGACCUUCUCAGCAAUAUGCUGCUUUUAUUACCUCUUCAAGGUGCGGAAGUGAUAAUUUUUCAACCGCAUCAGGUGCCUCGGCACUUAACAUGCUAAAGUCUGUAGACCGUUGUCUGCCGAAUAUUGGGGAUGGAAAGAACAGAAUAUUGCCUCUAUCAGCUCAUGUGGAAUAUCAAGAAUGCCAAACUAAUUUUUAUUUGACGUAUCCAAGAAGAUCCUUGAGUGGUAGCAGUUGGCUAGCGAAAACUAUGUCGCAAUCUCGAAGCAAUAUAGUAUCGAUAUGCUCGUCUGCUAUGAUUGCCGGUCGAGUGUAUUCAUCGCAGGCAGGCGGAAAACGAGAUGGUCUUCAAAACUCCGUCUCAAAUGAUGCAGCAACCGCAGACGCUUCUAAUGGUGGGACUGCUGAUGCUGUAGGGAAUGAUUGGGUCAAUACGCUAAAUAACGCUCGUCAAUCUGCUCUAGAUGCUAUUGCUGCCGCCGGCAUUAAAGCUAAGGAGUUGAAGGAUGCAGUCACGCCUCAUAUACAACAGCUAUAUGACUCACAUCCUUAUUUGGAACAGGUAAUUGUACCAGUUAGUGGAACUUUGUUCGGAACAGUACUGGCUUGGUUCAUUUUGCCAAGAAUCUUAAGGAGGCUUCACAAAUACGCAGCACAAAGUCCUUUUACAGUUUUAGUGGGGAGCUCAAGUAAGGAACACGUAUCUUACCAAAACAGCCUGUGGGGUGCUCUUGAAGACCCUGCAAGAUACCUUAUUACCUUUAUGGCAUUCUCUCAAUUGUGAGACUCAUACUGAUCUUUUAACAUAAUGUACAACUUUUUUUUUUUUCCUUCGCUGUCUUUGACUUCUGAAGUAUUGAUAGUCAUAAGUUCGCUUCCUCACUGCAGAGAAGUUUUUAGAUUUUUGUGAAUAUUUCCUUAAAAUUUUUGAGAAAAGCAUCACUUACCAAAUAUGACUCUUUUAUGUAUAAUUUCCAUUUCAACUUCUAGCUGUAUAGGCAUGCCAUACUAUAUCUGACUUCAUAUACUUAACACCAUCAUUCUGGCUCUUUUUUCAUUACCAUUGUUCUUUCAGCUCCAGCUGAUCAUAGAUCAUUGCAAGUUCUGUUCUGGUGAUCACAAUUCAUUGCAAGUUCCGGACGGUUAAAAAAUUAGUUUAGAAGA